AUGGACGGUCCACCACCCCCACCACCACCUCCAGCACCAGCUCCACCACCCCCACCACCCGCUGGAGUUCCAGCCGCAGAUCCAGGUCGUAAUGCAUUGCUUGGAUCCAUUCAAAAUUUUAGUUCAGCCAAAUUAAAGAAAGUUAAGACCAAUGAUAAGAAACCAGAUGAUCGUCCUUUGAAAGCUCCAUCUGCUCCAGGUGGAGGAGGAGGUUCUGGUAGACCAGCUCCAGGUGGCGGUCCAUCUGGAUUUGGUGACAUUUUUGCUGGUGGAAUGCCAAAGUUAAAGAGUAGAGGAGGUGGAAUUGAUACUGGUGCAUCUGGACAUAGUAGUCCAGCUCCAACCAAUAGCAGUCCAGCUCCAGUCAACUCCACACCAACUCCAAAACCAACAUUUGUUAGUGUUGCCAAGCCAGGUGCUGCCCCACAACUCAAGCCAUCAACCGGUGUCUUGCGUAAAGCACCGGCCAUUGCCAAAAAUUCGGCUGGACCAAAACCAGCUGCCACUGCUGCCGCCCCAACAAACAAACCAGCUGCCGCUCCAUUCAAGCCAGUCGAACCACCCAAACCAGUACACACACCAGCUCCAACACCAACACCAACACCAACACCAGUUGAAGCAACACCAACACCAGCUCCAACACCAGUUGCCGCUCCACCAGCACCAGUUGCUCCAAAGCAAGAGGAUCCAGUUGUACAUGUUACAACAUCAUUCAAGAGCAAUGUUGUAGUUGAGAGUAACAUUACUCCAAGUGGAAAUCCACCAGCACCAGCACCAGUUCAAGAACAACCACCAAAACAAACAACACCAACAUUCAAAUCACAAGCAUCUCCAGCCAUUAAACCAGCUGCAGGUUUUGGAAAGACACCAGUAAACUGGGUGCAACCAGGUCAGAAUGUAUCACCGGUUGGACGUGUAGUACAAACUGCCAGUGUCCACUCGUCAGCACCAAAAUCCAAUGUAACAUCAUCAGCUUCCGUUGGAGCCAAACCGGCUCCUGUCCUCAACAAAACACCAUCGCAGACCUCUAUGAAGUCAGCUCCAUCAGUAUCGCCUGUUGUCAAGCCAGCUCCAUCCAUCUCACCAGUUGUCAAACCAACCCCACCACCAGCAGCAACAACAACUACUCAUCACCACCAACCAGUUGAACCACCCAAACCAGUACAUACACCAACUGCUCCAGUACACACACCAGCACCAGCACCAACACCAGCAGUUCCAGCACCAGUACCAACACCAUCCCAUCAUCAAGAAACAACACAUUCUCACUCUCACUCUCAUCAAAAUAUUGAAACCGAACACCUCACAGCCACCAAUACAUCCUCUGGUAACCUGAACUCCAGCUCACCACGUGGUGUAUCUACUACCGUCGAUGGCGAUGAACAGCUGUUCUGUCACCGUUGUAAACAAUCGAUCGAAGGCAGCCACUAUAAAGCCAUGGAUAGAGCUUGGCACAUCGACCACUUUACAUGCAACGAUUGUCACAAGAAGAUUCAGAGCUUCGUCGUACACUUGGAUCAACCAUACUGCGAGGAUUGCUACGAUCGUAGUUUCGUCGAGCACAAACAGUGCUUCAUGUGCUCGAAACCAAUCUUUGGCACCGUUGUAUCGGCGUUGAGCAACUCGUUCCACGAGGAGUGCUUCAAGUGUAACUCGUGUGGUACUCACUUCCCAGACAAGGAGUUCUACCAACUCGAAGGCAAACCAUACUGUUUGGCAUGUGUCACCAAGGCAACUGCACCAAAAUACGAAGUCUGCGAUGGUUGCAGUGAGCAGAUCGUAUCAAGAGGUGAGGGUGUCAUUAAGGUACUCGGCCGAAAGUUCCACAACAACAACAAAUGUUUCUCAUGCACCGGAUGUCGUACGGCAUUCCCUGCCCUCAAUUUCUACGAAGUUCAUAGCAAUCCAUAUUGUUAUGAUUGUGCAUCAAAGUUGAAAGCAGAAAAGAGUGAUGUUGAAAAGAAGCGUGAAAGAAAUUGA